GAGCCCCCGCGACGGUGGCCCGGACGGAAAAGAUACCUCGGCGGCGUGGGCCCGGCUCCCUGUUCCAAGACCUGGGGAUCUUGGCCUUCAACCUUCCUCCGAGCACCAGGAGUCCCUCCAGUUACGUACCCCAGGCCUCCGCGGUGAAGAGGUGCCUGACCCGAUGAGCUCGGGAGUCCACCAUCGCUCUGCAAACCGCAGUUAAACGAGAAGAUUCAUCACCGCUUUGAUGGCUGCCUCACCACCUUCACAAACUGUUGCAUCUCACGUUCCUUUUGCAGAUUUGUGUUCAACUUUAGAACGAAUACAGAAAAGUAGAGGACGUGCAGAAAAAAUCAGACACUUCAGGGAAUUUUUAGAUUCUUGGAGAAAAUUUCAUGAUGCUCUUCAUAAGAACCAAAAAGAUGUCACAGACUCUUUUUAUCCAGCAAUGAGACUAAUUCUUCCUCAGCUAGAAAGAGAGAGAAUGGCCUAUGGAAUUAAAGAAACUAUGCUUGCUAAGCUUUAUAUUGAGUUGCUUAAUUUACCUAGAGAUGGAAAAGAUGCCCUCAAACUUUUAAACUACAGAACACCCACUGGAACUCAUGGAGAUGCUGGAGACUUUGCAUUGAUUGCAUAUUUUGUGUUGAAGCCAAGAUGUUUACAGAAAGGAAGUUUAACCAUACAGCAAGUAAACGACCUUUUAGACUCAGUUGCCAGCAAUAAUUCUGCUAAAAGAAAAGACCUGAUAAAAAAGAGCCUUCUUCAACUUAUAACUCAGAGUUCAGCACUUGAGCAAAAGUGGCUUAUACGGAUGAUCAUAAAGGAUUUAAAGCUUGGUGUUAGUCAGCAAACUAUCUUAUCUGUUUUUCAUAAUGAUGCUGUUGAGUUGCAUAAUGUCACUACAGAUCUGGAAAAAGUCUGUAGGCAACUGCAUGAUCCUUCUGUAGGACUCAGUGAUAUUUCUAUCACUUUAUUUUCUGCCUUUAAACCAAUGCUAGCUGCUAUUGCAGAUAUUGAGCACAUUGAGAAGGAUAUGAAACAUCAGAGUUUCUACAUAGAAACCAAGCUAGAUGGUGAACGUAUGCAAAUGCACAAAGAUGGAGAUGUAUAUAAAUACUUCUCCCGAAAUGGAUAUAACUAUACUGAUCAGUUUGGUGCUUCUCCUACUGAAGGUUCUCUUACCCCAUUCAUUCAUAAUGCAUUCAAAACAGAUAUACAAAUCUGUAUUCUUGAUGGUGAGAUGAUGGCCUAUAAUCCUAAUACACAAACUUUCAUGCAAAAGGGAAUUAAGUUUGACAUUAAAAGAAUGGUAGAAGAUUCUGAUCUGCAAACUUGUUAUUGUGUUUUUGAUGUAUUGAUGGUUAAUAAUAAAAAACUAGGGCAUGAGACUCUGAGAAAGAGGUAUGAAAUUCUUAGUAGUAUUUUUACACCAAUUCCAGGUAGAAUAGAAAUAGUGCAGAAAACACAAGCUCAUACUAAGAAUGAAGUAAUUGAUGCACUGAAUGAAGCAAUAGAUAAAAGAGAAGAGGGAAUCAUGAUAAAACAACCUCUAUCCAUCUACAAGCCAGACAAAAGAGGUGAAGGGUGGUUAAAAAUUAAACCAGAGUAUGUCACUGGACUAAUGGAUGAAUUGGACAUUUUAAUUGUUGGAGGAUAUUGGGGUAAAGGAUCACGGGGUGGAAUGAUGUCUCAUUUUUUGUGUGCAGUAGCAGAGAAGCCCCCUCCUGGUGAGAAGCCAUCUGUGUUUCAUACUCUCUCUCGUGUUGGCUCUGGCUGCACCAUGAAAGAACUGUAUGAUCUGGGUUUGAAAUUGGCCAAGUAUUGGAAGCCUUUUCAUAAAAAAGCUCCACCAAGUAGCAUUUUAUGUGGAACAGAGAAGCCAGAAGUGUACAUUGAACCUUGUAAUUCUGUCAUUGUUCAGAUUAAGGCAGCAGAGAUCGUACCCAGUGAUAUGUAUAAAACUGGCUGCACCUUGCGUUUUCCACGAAUUGAGAAGAUAAGAGAAGACAAAGAGUGGCAUGAGUGCAUGACCCUGGACGACGUAGAACAACUUAGGGGGAAAGCAUCUGGUAAGCUCGCAUCUAAACACCUUUUUGUAGGUGGUGAUGAUGGACCACAAGAAAAAAAGCGAAAAGCUGCUCCAAAGAUGAAGAAAGUUAUUGGAAUUAUUGAGCACUUAAAAGCACCUAACCUUACUAACGUUAACAAAAUUUCUAAUAUAUUUGAAGAUGUGGAGUUUUGUGUUAUGAGUGGAACAGAUAGCCAGCCAAAGCCUGACCUGGAGAACAGAAUUGCAGAACUUGGUGGUUAUAUAGUGCAAAAUCCAGGCCCAGACACAUACUGUGUAAUUGCAGGGUCUAAGAACAUCAGAGUGAAAAACAUAAUUUUGUCAAAUAAACAUGAUGUUGUCAAGCCUGCAUGGCUUUUAGAAUGUUUUAAGACCAAAAGCUUUGUGCCAUGGCAGCCUCGCUUUAUGAUUCAUAUGUGCCCAUCAACCAAAGAACAUUUUGCGCGUGAAUAUGAUUGCUAUGGUGAUAGUUAUUUCGUUGAUACAGACUUGAACCAACUGAAGGAAGUAUUCUCAGGAAUUAAAAAUUCUUACGAGCAGACUCCUGAAGAAAUGGCUUCUUUGAUUGCUGAUUUAGAAUAUCGAUAUUCCUGGGAUUGCUCUCCUCUCAGUAUGUUUCGACGCCACACCGUUUAUUUGGACUUGUAUGUUGUUAUUAAUGACCUGAGUACCAAAACUGAGGGGACAAGGUUAGCUAUUAAAGCCUUGGAGCUUCGGUUUCAUGGAGCAAAGGUAGUUUCUUGUUUAGCUGAGGGAGUGUCUCAUGUAAUCAUUGGGGAAGAUCAUAGUCGUGUUGCAGAUUUUAAAGCUUUUAGAAGAACUUUUAAGAGAAAGUUUAAAAUCCUAAAAGAAAGUUGGGUAACUGAUUCAAUAGAUAGGUGUGAAUUACAAGAAGAAAACCAGUAUUUGAUUUAAAGCUAGGUUUCCUAGUGAGGAAAGCCUCUGAUCUGGCAGACUCAUUGCAGAAGGUGGUAAUGAUAAAAUACUAAACUACAUUGCAUUUUUGUAUCUUAAAAAUCUAUGCCUAAAAAGUAUCAUUAGAUAUAGGAAAACAAUAAUUUUAACUUUUAAGAUUGAAAAGCCCAAAGCCAAGAAAGAAAAAUUAUCUUAAGAGUGUAGUAGUUGAUCAUUUUUUAUGAUUAAGGUGAAAUAAUUAAACAGUCUAAAGAAGAGGUGUUUUAUAAUAUCCAUAUAGAAAUAAGAAUUUUUACUUCAAGAUACUAAUAAGCUACAUUUAGAAACUUUUAAAGUCAUGAAAAGCAUUAACCUUCUAAACAGUAUUUUCUAAAAAAUCAAAAGUUUAAUAAUAGUUUUUAUCUAAUAAAAGCAUUGCAAGGAAAUAGGGUAGAAUUGUUAUAAUUGGACUUGUAAAAAUAUGUCUUUUUACUCAGGGUUUAAAAUGUCCCUUUUAAAUGUGAAAUGUAAACAAAAUUGUUUUUUAAGGUUAAGGCCAAAUGUAAUAAUAAAACCCUGUGAAUGAUGGUUUUAGCUAAAUUAGAGGAAGUUGUAUGAGACUUAAUGAUCUAAAAACUUAAAAUUGAAUUGGUUUGAUUAAAAAUAAAGCUUGCAAUUUUAAAAGUAGCUUACAUUUAAUUUCUUGCGUUAAAAAGAACAUGCUUUAAAGGAAGUAUUUUUAUGUGAAUUUGCAUUCCAGUAUAAAUAGUAUUCACAAAAAAGAGAUUUUUGUAGAUUUUAUCUAUUGAAUAGGUGUCACUAUGGUAUGCACAUUGUAACUUUCAUUAGAAAUAAAUUGCUUUGACUUUUAAAAAUGACUUUUAUAGUUAGUUUAUUUAAAGUCAAUAUAUAUAGCAUAAUGUAUGGAUUUAUAUACCGAAUUUUAGAAUACAAUCUAUCUCAUGACCAUAUUGAAAUGUAUGAAAUUUGAUCCAUGAGAUACUAUGUGUGCAUUAUUUGAAAGUAAUUGGAAAUUUUAUCCAAACCGUGGAACAAAUGUGUGUGAUUUUGUUAUACUUCUUAAUUUAAAUAAAAUGUUCAAUGUACUAUUAAAA